AUGCAAAUAUCGUUUCUGGCUGGAAAAAAUAAUUUCUUCUUUUUUACUCUCGGUUUGGCAACAAUUGCAACUUCAGUUAUCACGCUGUUUGCUUUGCUAUUAACAAGUAUUGUAAUACAACGUGAAAUAAAGUUCACGCGAUUUGAAGUACAGUCACGUACGGAAUCAUUUAAGAGAAAAUCUACAGCUCUUUGGAUCGAAAUCAUGCACGCUAAACAAAUGAGCUCACACGUCAAUAAUACACGUGUUUUGCGAUAUGCAAACCCAUUUCUUGAAAUAGUCGAUAAAUGUAGUAGAUGUUUGCGUCUGAUGUGUCUAAUGGGUGAGCCUGGACCCGUAGGAGUACCAGGAGCUGAUGGAGUUCCUGGAAAACCUGGAAAAGUUGGUGCACCUGGUGACGAUGGAGAAGAUGUCAUGCUUGAACCAUCGGCUGACCUGCCGUGUUCUAUCUGUCCGGCUGGACCACCAGGGUUACGAGGUUCACAGGGAGAACGUGGCAGACCAGGUUUUCAAGGUUCACCUGGUCCAGUAGGUCGGCCAGGUAAAUCAGGAAAAAAUGGACUUGUAGGAAAUAGAGGACCGCAAGGAAUGAGAGGAGCAGAAGGAGCAGUUGGACACCCUGGAAUGAAUGGCGACGAUGCCUUUGCUGGUACUGGUGUGAAAGGACCAAAAGGUUCACCUGGUCCAAUGGGUGUGAAAGGACCUCAAGGUAUACCAGGUAGACGAUCUAAUAUUCCUGGCAAACAAGGACCACCAGGAGCGAUAGGUCCUCCUGGACCACCAGGAAAUACAGGUUUGUAUGGAGAAAAAGGUCAGUGGGGUCCUCCGGGAGAAGCUGGAAUACCCGCAAUGUAUUGCUCAUCAGAUUGUGGGGUAUCCAAAAUUCUUGCACCAUUUUCAUUUGGUUUCUCUGUAGAUCAAAGUGAUAAUUUACCUAGUUCUGAAAUUUCAGACUUCCCUUAUGAAAGAUAA